CUCUCUUUCUCUCUAUUUCUCUGUCACUCGCGACUCGAUCGCCGUCGGCGUCAGACUGGUCGUUCCGGGCGUGCGCGCGGGGGCGGCGGGUGGGCGACGAAUCGAACCUACAAAAUUGUGCCGGUCCUCAUGGCCGUGGCGUUCCCGCCGCACAUCAUGGCGCUGAGCAAGGUGCAGCGGCUGUACGACGCCUGCGACGUCGUGUUCGCGUCGCCGGCGGCGGGGGCGGGGGCGCCCACGCUCGGCGAGAUCAGGUGGCUGCAGAAAAUCCUCGAUGGCGUCGAGGCAGCGGACGUCGGGAUCGACGACGGCGAGAAUCCGGAGGCGUCGUCGUCGUCGGACGACGAGCUGAGCCCCAAGGGCGGCCGGCUCCUGUCGGCGCGGGCGUUCACGCGCAUCACCUACGUGCACAUCCACCAGUGCGAGGAUUUCUCGAUGGGCGUGUUCUGCUUCCCGGCCGGCGCGACGCUGCCGCUGCACGACCACCCGGAGAUGGUGGUGCUGAGCAAGCUCCUGUACGGCUCCGUGCGCGUGCGCUCGUACGACUGGGUCGCCGCGCCGCCGCGCCCCGCCGCAAGAAAAUGUGGGCUGGCCAGGGUGGUGGCCGCGGACGAGGUGCGGCGCGCGCCGUGCGAGGCGUCGGUGCUGUUCCCGCGGAGCGGCGGCAACCUGCACGCGUUCACCGCCGUGACGCCGUGCGCGAUCCUCGACGUGCUCACGCCGCCCUACUCGGAGGAGCGCGGCCGCCCGUCCACCUACUUCAGCGACGUCCUCAUCCCGUCUCUCCCAGGUUUUGCGUUCUUGGAGGAGACGGAUCUGCCCGAGGAUUUCAGUGUCGCUGGGGCGCCGUACCUUGGGCCUGAGCUGACGGUAGAUAUGGAUGAUUACGAUGACGAUUACGAUGACUACGACGAGUAGCUAGAUCCAGAUGCUAGCUAUAGAGAUAGCUGGGCCCACACGCUCCCUGUACAUAGUACCAUGUUUGUAUAGUACUACAGAGUUUUCAGAGAAAAGUUUCACUGCUGGAGUGCUGGCUGGUUCGUAGUCUAGCACACAAGUUUCACAUACGUACCGACAACCGUGUAAAAUAAAGGACGUUUCG